AUGAAAAUAAGAUAUAGGAUAUCUGUAAAUAAGGUGCCUAUAGAUUAAAAGCAUAAUAAAGGUUGUUUUGUUCCCCAACCCAAAUAAUUGGAAACGCGUAGAUAGUACCGACCUAGAGGAUCCACGACGAUGGUGUGCAUAGCUUGUUUGUUGCCGCUGUUCCUUGUCCCGAUCGUAAACCUAUUGCCGCUCCUCUUCGACAUCAUCAUGGGAAGAGUAUACAGGAUUUUGGGUUGGGAGUACCGGAAACCGGAGCGCGCGCCCCCAGCCUGUCCCUAUAAACCUAAGACCACCACCACCAGUACAAAUGUUGCAGGAGAGCACAAUGCUAUUGAUACUGAUCUCAAUAAUAAUAAAGCAUUACCGGUCGAUGAUGCCAAACUCGAUUGAAGAUAAAAUGUGUGUGCUCUGUUGGUAUACUUAUCUUUCUGUGUAAUGUUAUAUGUGCGGAUGAUGACAAAUUGUGUUUGAUUGUAUGCUGCUGAUGGAAUUUCAAAACUUUCUAAACAAAUUAAAGUGAGUAAAGAUGGAGUGAUUUAUCAGGAAA